AUGGGUUGGUUAUCACGUCUCUCCGCCGUGGCGGCCGUGGCAACAACGGCCUUGGCUGCAGAAGCCUCAACCUCCUCCAAAUCUUCAACAGCCGCUGAGCCAUGUGCGCAGAUUGCCAAGUUGGUCAAGUCUGGGGCAACCAGCUUCUCCAGUCAGCUUGCACUCGCCUGCAUCGAGACUACGCCCUUCAAGUCCGACGUGGCAGUCAGCUUCGUUGACGAGCUCAAAAAGUAUCUUGAAUGGCACUCCACCACCGAGAUCCUGAGAAAUCCGCCACCCACGGCUCUCUCUGCCACUGUCGACCUUUUUGGGGGGCUCGCCAACAUCCGCGACAGAGCAUCUGCGAAUCUGUAUAAGUCACAGUACGAUUUUGACGCGGAUCUUUUCCACCUCCUCAGCUUUGCAAACGACGGCCAUCUCGUCAUCUUGCCCUGCUCAUUUAUCUUCACCUUCCGGAGUCCACUGAGGUUGGCUUCGCUUUCCAGCGAUGGAAUAGCAAUUCCUCGUCUUUACACAUUGGGUGAUGGAAAGCUCCUCGCCCAAGGCAACAAGGACGUCUCCCCCGUGACGCUCAUCAACGGAGUCGGUGCCGAGGCGUUUACCGAACAGCUCUCCGAGACUAUGGGCUUCCAGGACCCGGAUGCCCGAUACAAUAGCAUGUUGGCCAACGUGCCCAUCGCCCGUGAUGGCAGCGAGUUUCCUGGAUCCUACGCGGGAUUCGUCACGAUACCAGGGGCGCACGAAUUCAACCUUACCUAUGCCAACGGAACACAGCAGACACUUCCUCUCACUGCAAUCGUCAGCUCACGGCUCGACACCGACUUCACUUUCUCAAACGGUGAUGAGCUGUGGGACGCCGCCUGCAAGCCCAAGCCAGCCUCAUCGGAUGACUCCGGCGAAAAGAAGCGCGCAGAGUCGAGCACAAGCGCGAAAGAGAAGCCCGCUCCGGAAACCUACCCCAAGCCCAUCGUUAAGGAUCCCUUCAACCUGAUCACUGGAUACUUUCCCGACGACAAGGGGCUGGAGGACGUCGCUGUCUUGACAGUGCCCACGUUUGAAACAACAGACGCGGCAUCCGGUAUCCCGGUCAAUGAGAUUGCCAAUUUCGUCCUUGAGGCUCAAGACUUUGUCUCCAAGGCCAUUGCCGCCGGCAAGUCUAAAAUCAUCAUUGACGUGACCAACAACGGCGGUGGAGUCGUCAACUCUGGCUUUGGCCUCGUCAGCGUCUUCUUUCCCAACAUGACCAUCUUCUCGGCGACCCGAUACCGCUCCCAUCCCGGGACACAGUUCGUCGUUGAAACCUACAACCGUUCUCCAGACACAGUAGCUGAUGGGCUCGACCAAGAUGGCUUCUUCGUGCCCACCCUUGUCAAGCCGGACCAAAACACCACCUUUAAAUCUGUGGAGGACUUCUUGGGCCCUUUCGAUAUCCUUGGCGUUCCCUCCACUGCAAUUGUGGCCGAGAACACCUUUGCCUUUAACAACGAGACGCUCUUCCCCAUCAACGUCUAUAAUGAGGGAGGAGUCCUCAACGGUACAACUCCGCCGUUUGCGCCAGAGAACAUUGUCAUUCUCACUGACGGCCAGUGCUCCUCGACUUGCACCAUUUUCGUCAACCACAUGAUCCCCUACGGCGUUCGCGUCGUCACCACCGGAGGCCGCCCCCAGGCUGGUCCCAUGCAAAGCAUCGGAGGCGUCAAGGGCAGCCAGGUUCUCGCCUUCAACACCAUCUCGACAUACUUCAAUAACGCCCAAGUCCUGGUUCAAAACGCCACUGACAACAAGAAGCCGCUCUUCACCGACAAGGAGAUGUCUGUCUUCUCGCCCUACAUCCCUGUCGCCCUCGAGGACAUGCCGCUCAGGCUCACGACUGCGUCGGUCAACUUCCGCAACGCCUUCUCGCCCUUUGACGACCAGACUCCCACGCACUUUGUCUACCAGGCUGCCGACUGCCGCCUGUUCUACACGGCUGAGACGCUCAUCAAGCCCGAGACUCUCUGGGUGAACGCCGCCAACUCUAUCUGGGGCGACGGCGACUGCGUCUUCAGGAGCGUGCCCCGGAAGGCCAUCAAGUCUGCCGGCACCAAGACUGAGUCGUCCAAGUCCGCCGCUACUUCUGCUGUCUCGGGGUCGACAGAUGAGAACGACGAGGUUCAGCAGGAUGAGACACAAGCACCCGCUCCCAAGAAGAAGAAGACCAGGGCGCCGGCUCACAAGGCGCUUGGUCUGCUGCUGGCUAUGGCAGAAGGCCUGCGCGGAUGA